AACGCAGAUGGGCGGGGCUUUUCCUUCACAGGCCGCGGGCGCAUGCGCAGUGCCUCCGAGCCAGGCAGGCCGCCUCGCCUUCCUGUUCCUCCGCUGCCAUCAUGUCGGAGAGGCUGGCGAAGCCAACGUGUCUCCUUGUGGCCAGCGCGGCCUCCGCAGGCGUAUCUGCUGAUUCCUUCAAUCAGUCUUUUACACUGGCAAGUGCUGCUUUUAACCUGCAAGUUGCUACUCCAGGGGGAAAGUCAAUUGAUUUCACUGGGGUUAAUGAGGCAAACAUGCGCUGGAUCCAGGACUUUCGAAUGAAACCAUAUGCAAAUCCUGCCAAAUUGGAAUCAACUGAUGGUGCCAGAUACCAUGCUUUAUUAAUUCCUGACUGCCCUGGUGCUAUGACAGAUCUGGCAAACAGUGGCUACUUGGCUAGAAUACUACAGCAUUUCAGCUCUGAGAACAAACCCAUUUGUGCUGUUGGACAUGGAGUUGCUGCCUUAUGCUGUGCUACGAAUGAGGACAAAUCCUGGGUAUUUCAAGAAUACAGCUUAACAGGGCCUUCUGUGUAUGAACUAAUACGGCGGCCUAAUUUUGCUGGUUUGCCCAUCAUUGUUGAAGACUUUGCAAAAGAUUCUGGAGCUACCUUCAGUGCUAGCAAGCCAGAAGCGAUACAUGUAGUGGUGGACAGACAUCUUGUCACAGGACAGAAUGACAAUUCUACUAUUGCAGCAGUCCAGAAUCUUGUUUUUCUAUGCAACGGCAGGUAUACAAGACCAGCUGAGAGGUUCACAGAUGCAGCUCCACCCUUCAGUUAUCAAGUGGCCAUAAGGAUAUACCUGGGGAAAGAGACUUCUUGGCGGGAAAACGAGACCCAAUAUAGGUGUUUGGCGCGAGAGAUUCUUUGCGGAGUCAAUUGAUCACCUUCAGGAGAGAGAUCGUGUGUGGACUUCGUAACCCCAGUUCCUUGCUUCCCGGAUCAAGCUUCAAGCCUUGCCUUGCCUUGCCGUUUAACCACGGACCCUGCUCCAUGCUUCACGUUUUGCCUUGUUUCCAGUCACGGACCUAGUCAAGAAUCAAGUUUAUUUCCAGCCUUGUUGUCAAGCUUCAUUGGACUCUGAAACUCUGACAUUUCCCCACACUAUUGCUUGGCAAGAGUGUGUGUUUCGGUCAAAUGGAUUAAAACUUUGAACUCUAAUAUCAUUUAUUGGACAAUACAUCUUUGGACUAUAUUUGACCUCUUUUGAAAGGUCUGUUUCUGAACUAUAUUCUUCACUUAUUUUUAUUGCUUUUAUAUAUUUCUUUAAUAAAGAUAUUAGAUAGAGACUGGCCUCCGUGUAAGGUUAUUGGUGCCCAGCAGCCAGGGUUCUGACAGUUUGACUCCGCCAACUAAGCACCAAACAACCUAAGGCCAGAAUGUCUACAGGAGCCGGAGCGGACGCCCCAGCUCAACCACCCAGCUAUACCAUUUCCCAAGAUGAAUUCAAUCGGAUCCGGGACACACUCCGGACGCAGGAGGGAGAAAUACGGGGCUUGAAGGAACGUGGAGCCCGCCUCCCUGCCUUAGCGCUACCAACCAAGUUUUCUGGAGAAGCCUCCAAGGUUCAUGUUUUCCGUCGACAGUGCCAGGCGUGCUUAGAAGCCCGCCAAGCCGAGUUUCCCCAAGAAGAUGUCAAGGUGGCGUGGAUCUUCAGUCUCCUAGAUGGGCCUGCGGCCACUUGGGCGACGGCAUUAUACGAUGCGGGUUCCACGCAUCUAAACACCGCGCAACAAUUCUUGAACCACCUUAGGAAAACCUGGGGGAUCGAGGACGACGAGGAGGCGGCCGGCCAUAAACUCCGACGCCUCUUCCAAGGGGACAGACCGUUGUCCCGGUAUAUAACCGAGUUCCGGGUGCUAGCUCAGAACACCGGCUGGAACGACAUAGCCCUCAGAGGACAGUUUCGCAAGGGCCUCAACAUCGAGAUGCAGGAAGAAAUCUCUAAGAUGGACCCCCCAGGGACUCUUGAAAGACUCAUCAACCAGUGUUUACGGGCUGAAGUCCUGCUUGCCAACAAAAAACAGUGGCUCCGAGGCCAGAGUGGAAGGGCCGGAGUAAAACCCCCCACUUCUACCAGUGUCCAGCCACGUCCAGUAUGGAGAUCCCCACCGCCAGCCCCUAGCCCCAUGGGAAGCGAGGAGGAACCGAUGCAGUUGGGCAAUGUGCGCCCCAGGCUGGAUGUAGCGGAAAAGGCCCGUCGCCAACGCUUGAAUCUGUGUUGGUACUGCGGUAAUGGGGGCCACUUCGCCAGGGAGUGUCCAGCAAAGAAGAAGCCCGCCGCCCGUCUGGCGGCGGCGUCCUCCGCGGAGGCGGAGGCAACCGAGGCGGCUGGAACAAAGCCGGCGGGGGAAGCCAGCGACCGUAGAAGGGCUCGCCAACCCGGUCAAAAACUCCACUCAAGAGCCACAAACGGGGGUCCUAUUUCUCCUGGUGAUCACACUGUGGUCAGCAAAAAAGGGACCCGUCAUGAUCCAUGCCAUGAUAGACUCAGGGGCAAACUGAGCGCAUCAAUGCCACUUUGGAACAAUACCUUCGCUGUUAUGUAAACUACCAACAGGACAAUUGGGCUUCCCUAUUACCUCUGUCAGAGUUUGCAUACAACAAUGGUGUCCAGACUUCAAACACUGGCCAAAAUACCCAAAGGACACCUGAUCCUGUCUGAUUUUGGAAACUAAGCAGGGUUCGUUCUGGUUAGUAUUUGGAUGGAACAUAUUCAACAAAUACCAGGUUCUGUGGGCUGAAAUACUAACGAGAACUAAUCCUGAGUAUCCUCUGAGUAUUCUUUGCCAAAGAAAAGCCAAUGAAAAUGAUAGGAUCACCAUAAGUCAACAGGUGACUUUAAAAAACAUAUACACUCGAUAAACACUGUGGCUCUUUGUGUGUGUGAGUUGGGAUCUGAGAUUCUUAUGGGAGGAAAUGAAACAUUACAAAGAAUUAUUUAAAAGAAAAAAGCAGAAAAAAUCCAAGCAUAAAGUAAUUUGACACUGGUGUCUACAAUGGAGGAAGGAGUUUGGAAGGAUACAUUGAAAUGGCAGCGAUGAAAGUGCUGGAGCAAACAAUGGGGUUAUUCAAGGCCUUGGAGGGGCAAUCUGGAAUUAGCGUGCCCAAGGCAUUCUAGUAGCACCCUUCCAUUAACCUAGAUCUACUUUAUACUAACAAUUUUCCCAGGAAGAUUGGAGAAAUAAGUAAACCCGCCAAAGAAAGGACAACAGAGAGUCUUGUUGAACAUUAUGUUCUAAUACAUUGAUGAUGUUACAAGUUUUAGUUCAUUUCAUUUGCUUCCCUCCCAAGACUAAUAGUUUCAGACAGGAGAAUGGAAGCAUUUUAUUGGGAACAUAAGAAAAGGGCACCCCACCCCCAUUAAUAGUCUCUUCCCCUGCACAGCUGGAGUUUUUAAAGGAUAAGCUACCAAACUAUGUACUUAAUGUCAUAUAUCCUUUGGCAAUGAGGAGCUCUACCUAAGCAAUACUAUCACAUGUACAGGGAAACAGGUACUUCUGAAUAUAAUCAUCCCCUACUGUCUGAAUCAUUGCUUUUUUUCUGAAGCAGUCUGUUGGUAUUUCUGCUUAUUCAGAUAAUCUUUGCAAUCUAGUGUGUGGCCAUCUGCGUUGCCAUUGCAUCACUGUCCAACAGUGCAUUGGUUGAUUAUUCCUAGCAGCUAGGAGUAAUGUUGAUACACAAACAUUUUCUGCUAGCCCAUGCUAUGCAGAGAAGGGACUCUACUCUUAUUUGGGACCCAGACAGCCCUGACGCUAGCUAUUGCUUCCUCAGUGGUAAAUGCCAUUGGCAGCAAUACUGUUGACUGCCACAUGUGUCUCAGUGUAGGUGGUGGUCUAGGAAAUGGAACAGCAACAAGGUAAAAUUGUCACAAUUACAGUGGCGACAGUGAGGCUCUUCUUCUCUUCUAUCCUCUAUGACUGCUGUAUGCCUUUACAAAAAGAGUCCUGUGAUGGUUUAAUGCUGAAAAUUGUACCAGCAUGAGGCAUCGGGAAGAUUCCAGACACUGUUUGACAUGAGAAUUCAUUCCAAGUAAAUACACUUGGGAGGCUGGAACUUCUACCUGCAGUUCUAAGCAGAUUUACCAGCAAAUAAGCCCCACAGAAAUUAAUAGCCAGGCCUUGAGUUGAAGUGCUAAAAUUCUGAUGCUCUUGCUCUGCAUGCAGCUUAGUACAGCACACCUCAUUUCAGCUGAAACAUAUAAGUCUGGGUUGUGUUGGUCAAUUUGUGCAGUCUGGACGUUAGGCGGUGGCUCUGCCAUCUGCCCAGGCAAGUAGUUAUGGGUGGAGGUGGGAAUGAAGGGACAGCCUGCACAACCAACAUGUUCUUAAGAGUCCCUAGCAGGAAAGAAAGCAGGACACUGAAAAUCAUUCAUACUUAGAACUCUUAUAUUUGCUGGUUUUGGUUUUCCCUUGGUCAGUUAUACUGCUCCUUUUCUUUGAAUGCCUGAACUGAUGUUUUAAGUUAAUGCAAUGCAAGAAAUUUGGGGAGUCAUUUUUUUUUUUUAGUGGGGAGGCAAUUUGCUAUACUCCUGCUUCUGCCUAAGAGCUGGUCUAAAACAAAAUCUAUCCACCACCUUUCAAAUGUGUUAGACUGUAAUUCCUAUUGCCCAUGGGUUGUACUAACUCAGGAUGAUUGGCAUUACAGUCUAGCACAACUGGAAAUUUUCCAGGUCAGAGAAGACUGCUCUAAAGAUAGUCGUUUUUGUUAUUUAAUAAUGCAUAUGAGGUUGUGACAGAAGGUGUGAAGCAUCUAGAAAGCAUCCUUUCUGAUGCUGGGCAGACAUGUGGGAAUGGCUGUGUCCUUUAUGCUGGCCUGGAGGGUAAUGUUACAGCACUAAAACCUUUCUUGGGUUACAUACAGUUUUGGUGUCAAACGAUCUAGCUGCACAGGCUGUAGCAGCUACUGAAUGUUCCAUCAUCCAGUUUGUCUAGUAAAGUGUUUGAAAAUUCACUGAAGGUGGUCUUCCCUUUAGCAGUGGAACCUUUCAGUGGUGAGCAAAAUGACCAUACCCAACAACUUGUCCUUUAUCCAUCAACUUCAGUAGAAUACAAAAGAAAAAUUGUAGCAUCUAUGAAAAUGUGCAAUGUUGUCUUGAUACAAUAUUAGGAAGCAUUGGAUGAAUUUUAAUUAGAGUCUGACUCAGAUCUUUUUUUAUUGGAACAUCCAGAAUCCUCCUGACACUGGGGAAUUGUGGCUGUUGCAGUCCCCAAAUGUAAGUUUUUCAAUGUCUAGUCCAAAACAUGAUUUGAGUAGACAACUGAAGAUACUUGAAAGGGAAGCUUCCAUAAGAUCCCAGUGUCCUAUCUAGUCCAUGGCAUCAGAUGAAUGAAAUGUGACAAACUAGACUGUAUAUUAGCACUUUUUGGCACAGGUGUUCCCCAAAAACAUCUAUGCGAUCUAGCACAUGCAUUUCCUUAUCUACAUAUCUUCCAUUUAGCAUGUUUCAUUGUGUGGCUGGGCACAGGGAGGUAAACACAAACUUAGUUUGCAUUCUGGUUGUAGAAGCAUGUAUCUCUGAAGAAAUCCCAUUGUGGGAGAGGAAAUGAAUUAAUCAUAGGGGAUAAGCAUGCCUUAUGACUAAUGUCUAAUUUGAUCCCGGGUUACAGGUAUGGACAAUAUUCUGGUGAGAGAGAUUGUCCGAGAGAAAUUAAAAUACAAAAAGUUAAUGAAGUAAUUACCAUUGUCAGCACAUUCUACAUUUAAGUACCCUUUGAACUCAUUCUCUAAAAUUUCCUUCCCUGUAUGUCCUACAAACAUCAUAUUGAGGCCCAGAAGCAGAUGAAUUGCCUCCCUCCAUUCCAAUUGUCACUGCUGUGCCUCGGAGGAAGAGAAGAGGCAGUACCUGCUGGACUUAAUCCCACCUCACUCCUCGCCACCCUUUUUUCCUUGUGUGUUUUGUUUUAUUUAGAUUGUAAACCUUUGGCCAGGAGACUGUCAAACUAACAAUUUGUAAGCUGUUCUGAGAGCCUUCAUGGUUAAAGAACUGGUAUAAUAAAUACUCUAAAUAAACACACACGCACAUAGCAAAACUCUGGAUGCAUUUACAGUUUACGAAUGCUUAAAGUUUAAUACCUGUGUCAAUCUUUAAGGUACUAUAGGACUCUUUUACAACCAUAGCCUUUGUUCAUCCUCCUGGGCACUUCAUCCCUCACUUUUUAAAAAUAAUAUGUACACUUUAAGAGCCAACAUCCAUCUGAUUCAAAAUGAUGAAACCUAAACACUUGGAAUGGAAAGGAUGGUUUAUAAAACAAGCAAACAGAGAGACCCAUGGAGCUGGGCAUUGUUUCCCUGUUAAAAGGCUUUAGAGAACAUGAGCCAACCAGUAGGGACAGUAGCGUUCUCUAAAGCCUUGCUUGCAAAGAGUUUGGUGGUCUGGGUUGUGCUGGUCGUAAUGUGACAGAAAAAGCAGGUGGACAAAUAAGCCUUUUCCGUAAAUAACUCAUUCUUUUCAAGUACUUCCUCCCCAGACAUUCUCCAGAGCUUGCCAAGAAGAUAAUGGAUUCCCCUCCAAUGUCCUUUCAUUUUGCUUCAGAACAGAACCUAGUAAGCAGAGAAGCUGCUUUAUUUAUUCAUGGUCCACAUUAACAUUUAUUCAGCUGGCAGCUGGGCACUGCAUGAGGCCGUAACCUGAUAGCCACCUGCUGUACCUGUAAGCCAAGAGAUCUUUCGGCAAGUGCAGUUGGCAGGUCUUUGAGAAUAUGGGGCUUAGCACAUGAGAUGCCUGUGUUUGAGUUGCCAGAGGCAAUGAGAAGUCAGUACCCGAUUGACCCCGCAGGGAGAAAAAAAGAACAUUUGUGGCAUGCAAAGGGCAACUCAUUCAUUCAUGGAAGUAGGAUGAAGGGUCAUUCAUUGAAUCAGGUUACUACUAUGGGAACAGAAAAUGAAGAGAUUUUCCCCCAAUUAUUAUCUUAUUUCCAAUAAAAAUUCUGCCCCAAUGAAAAUUUUCUUUAGUUCCAAAAUGUCUAGCAAAACAUUGAAAAUAGUUUGUACCUACAACUCUUGUAUUUGCUGCGUUUGUAAACUCUACUUGCCCCCCUUUUUGGAUGCCAAUACUGUAUUUCUCAAUGCUAAAUUGCACUUUUGGGUUACUGUAGUGUAUGGAAAUUGAAGGAAAAUUUCAUUGGAGAGCAGAAUGAUUUAUUGGGUGUCAAUGUCCUUGUUUUACUCCCCUUUACAUACUUGAAUGCUCAAUAAACAGGCAUGCCAUUAAGGUCGCACAUCUGUGUGUUCAUGGCAGAGGUGAGAUUUGACCAACAACUGGGAGUCAGAAAUACAUGCCAAUGUAUUACAAACAUUUGAGUCACAGCUGAAACUGUUUGCCACUCCAGUUAUGCAGCCCUAAAAACUGUGUGAGCCAGAGUGCAAUCUACUAAUGUAGAAGGUAAAAUAUAUAAUCUAACACAGAUAAAAUAAAUGCAGGUUGAGUUUCUCUUUUCUGAAAUAUCUGGGACAAGCAGUGUUUUCAAUUUUAGAUUUUUUCUGGAUUUUGGAAUACUACAAGCAGUUCCUGAGACACAAACAUCCAACUUAUAUACAACUCCCUAGUUACAAACGGGGUGAACAACAGGGAGUUAUUGCCAAGGAAAGGCAAUUCACUCCUGGAAGAGUUAUCAUGGGGAAAAGUUGUCUCCACUAAGGCUUCAUCACCAAUCCUUGUUUUCAAACAACCAAUUUUUAAAAAAAAUCCAAUUAUCACAGGGCCAAAAAAUGAGGUGAAAUCUUCAGAACAGCAGCACAGGCAGCGAAACAAAUGUUCCAGGGGUGUUAAUCCUUCUGUGUUCUAUCCAAAAUAAAAAGUGAAAUAAAACUUGGCUGGAGUUGCACUUAAAAAUGAACCUCUUCUGAGUUACAUACAUAUUCAGCUUAAGAAUAAGCAGAACCUAUUUUGUUUGUAAUCUGGGAUCUGCCUGUACCUAAUGAAAUAAUGUAGAAAUGGGAUCCAAGUUUAAACACAAAACUCAUUUAUGUUUUGUAUAUCGCUUAUGUGUAAAAAUAGCAUUAAAUCAAUGCCUCAAUUCAUUUCACAUAUUCUUGUGUGUCUCUCUAGCCCCUUUCCACUCUCAGGAAAGACUACUAGGUGCUUGCUCUGGCGUUGUGAUUUUGUGUGUGUGCCAGGAGCGACUUGAGAAACUGCAAGUUGCUUCUGGUGUGAGAGAAUUGGCCAUCUGCAAGGACAUUGCCAGGGGACACCUGCAUGUUUUGAUGUUUCUACCAUCUUUUUGGGAGGCUUCUUUCAUGUCCCCACAUGAAAGAAGGAGCUCAUCCGCGGUCUCUCCAGGUUGGCUUCCAACUGGCAACCUUCAGAUCAGCAACCCAACCUUCAAGUCAUCAGUCCGGCCAGCAUAAGGGUUUAACCCACUGCUUCACCAGGGGCUCCAAUACCUGGUGAAUGAACAAGCAGGAGAGCCACUGACACCACCUCAUAUGCAAAAGCGUGUGUCUGGCAGCAAAAAAGUUUCAGGUAUGAGGGAUUUCAAGUAGCGGAUUUCUAGAUAAGGGAGGUUCAAUCUACAGUUACUGGUUGUACAACCAAUAUGUCAGAUUACUCUUUUCCUUUAAUUUAGUACUUGAAUGUCGGCUUCAUUAUUAUUAUAAUACUUCAGACAAUUUACUCCACAUUGUGUUUAACUUCAUAAUAAUAGGGCAAAGAUGUUGCAUUCUCCUUUCAAAGAUGAUGAGAUAUGCCCAGGGAUGUGAUUCUCUGCUUAUAUUGUUCUUGGAAGCAAGACUGAAUAAAGGUAGCCCUCAUGGUGGUUAGGAGCAGAGGAUUCCCUCGAAAGUUAAAAAAACACAAUUAUAAAUAAAAAUCAUGAACAUUUUUUAAUCUGAGAGAACACCUGUCUGUGCACUUCUGGGUCCUCUAGUAUAUUCUAUGGUUGGAAACUGACCCUUGAAUUGACCUUUAUAUACCACAUUUAUAUACAGAACUCACUGAUAACAUUAUACAACUUGAUGUGAAAUAACUGCAAGAAGAAAAGACUGAGCCUGAGAGAUCUUCAUACCCCUAGAACAGAGGGACUCAAAACUUUUGCCAGACACACAAACCUUGCCCCAUGGCCCUUCUCAUGUUGCCUGAAAUAUGUGCAGUACUAAGAGAAGCACUCUUCACACUGGAGUUUGUACAUCAUACAUCUGGCAGUCAACAACAACUUCCUUUGAAACAUCAACAGAGACGUCUCACUAUGCAGUCAAGUUAUUUCUUGCUCCCCUACUACUAAAAAUGGAUCCAAUAAUCUAUAUUUAGUCAAAUUUUAUUAAACUCACUUGAUGGGAACUUACCAUAUAAAUCUUUUGCACUCAUUUUGGCAGAUCCAUCUGCUUUGCCCAUGCUGCCACUGCAAAAGAAGAAAGCAACAUUGAAGAAAGGAUUUUUCUUAACUACAUAUAGCUUUAGCUAGUGUGUCUUCUCUGAAUGAAUGCCUGGAGGAGGUAAUGGGCUGGAUGAAGAAAACAAACUGAAACUGAAUCCAAACAAGACCGAGUUGCUUGCCACCAAGGAUCCUAACCUAGGGAGGGAGGUGUGUCAACCAGUCCUGGAUGGGGUUGCACUCCCUCUGAAAGACUGUGUUCGCAGCUUGGGGGUGCUCCUGGAUCCGGCUCUCCAAAUGUCAGCCCAGAUAGAUGCAAUGGACAGAAGUGCAGCAAAAUGAGGUCUCUGCACCCACCCAAGUCAAGAGGAACAGUAGCUAUCCUUGUUAUUUUGGUCUGCAAAUCCUGAUCACAAAAAGAGUCUUUUUAUCAUAAAUUUAACUAUGUUUGCCAGUAAUUUAUAUCCUUUGUAACAGCAACACUAGUAGCCUUAAGGAGAAUUUAUUGACUAUUUGGACACCACAAGCCUUUUGUUUCCCAUUCAGAUUAAAUGAUUAUCUAGCUAUUUGAAACUAACAUCAAAGGGGCAUUAAAGGAAAACUAUUUCUUCAGAGGUUGACUAGAGUGACAUUUCAGUUUGGCUUAAACAUGGCUCAUGGGAUGCCUUUCACCAAAACUGAAGUAAAUAACUUAUCUUUGGAAUUACAGAUGACACAGUACUAUAAAACUUUCCUAGUAACAUGUCAGUGCUUCUCCUGAUGUUAAUGUUUAUUUAACAUUUAAGUAUCUUACUUUGCAGAACCAGGAUGGCUGCUCGUAGACCCUUUGUGGCUCAUCCUGCUUUCUAGACAUUCACCUGAAAGAGGAGGGAGAGGACAGAUAUUAGCCGAGAAACCACAAUACUUUAAUUUUACUCAUGUAUUUACUCACCACUUCAUCAUUAUACUUCAUCAAAAAAGAUAAUCCCUUCAAGUGGAGAACAUAUAUGAUCCAGCAGGUAUGACUGAUCCAUAGAGACCCUUGCUCACCUGACAAGCUCUUUUUGAAAAAUGGAAAUAUUGAUGACUAGGGUAGGAUUUGGAAAACCUAUUUCUGAGGUCUAUAUCACUCCAAACCACGCAGGUAGUCUGAAUACACUGGCUAUGGAAUUUUUUUAAUCCCCCAAAAUAUGAUUUCCAGCUUUUGAUAAAGGGUUAGCAUUGAUGCCAUACUGGAUCGCAAUUUGGGACUGGAAGUACAAGAGAAUUACUUGGAUUCACUGUAUAUACUUAUAUAAAAGUCUAGAAAUUUUAGUCAAAACAAUGACCCACACAACCUGCAUUGACUAUUUGAAAUUACCCUCAGAUUGAUUUUAAGGUGUAUAUUAAGUAUCGAUUAAUUUUGUGUUUAGAUUUGGGUCUCCUUCAAGGUAUUUCAUUAUGGACAUGCAAAAUCUGCAAAAAACAAUCUGAAAUACAAAACACUUCUAUUUCCACACAUUUUAUAUAAGGGGCACUCAACCUGUAAUAGUGUUAUUUUAAGCCCAGAUAUGUAGGUGUUCCAGUUCAAGGGCAGCUUCAGAUGUUUUAGCUCUUGAGGACAAGAAUGCCAUGAUGGGAUGAGAACAGCAUAGCUUGAACCACUCCAAAUUGUUGAUGCAAAUGAGAUAUUGAUCUCAACUGCAGGGCAGUGCAUACACAUUUGCUGGGACUCUCCAGUUUAUGGUGCAAAUUUGAUGCAGGUUGUUCUCAAAGUAAACAACUUGGAAGCCAAGAUUUCAAAGGCACCCUGCCUGCUACUACAGUGUCCACAAUCAAUUAUGCAUGUGAAUAACAGCGUAUGGGCACACUUUUCCUUCCUCUCCCUAGGUCAGCUGUCUCAGGUUUUUUUCUAGAACAGCUACACACCUUGCUGAGAAUGCAAAUGCAUGCAAUUUUUUAUCAUGUCUGCAACCCUUUUACCAAUAGCAAUGAUAAAAUGCAGUGAUGUUUUCAAAGAAGGGGAUCUGAUUGGCACGCUUGGAGAAAAAGAACAGUCCUAAGUAGUGCUAAAUUCAGGAGUUAUUAUUUUAAAAUAUAUACUUGAUGCAUUUUAAGUUUUGAAUAUAUGUUUAUGACUGACAGUUUUACAAAUAGCUCUAUCAUAAAGAGACAUUUAGUAAAGCAAUAAUAGAAGUAUAAUCAGCAACAAGUAGCUUGGAAGAAAAUACAUUUACAUUGCAAUACCAUAAAUCAGUCCAAGACCUGAACUGUCUUCUUCAGGGAAGAAAAAUGCUAAUGAGUCUCCAGACUGAACAAUCCUUCUUUUUGAGUUGAUAUAUGACUGCCUCCUAUGACAGACCUAUUUCUGCCUUGGGUUUUGCCACUCGUAUCUAUUCACAGAUGAUUUUGAAAUAAUGCUUCAAAAUUCAGCAGAACCUGCUUAACCAGACGGGAGAGUGAUACACAUGGGGAAGGGGGAACAAAGGUAUACACCCUGGUGAAAUGAAAUGACCCAUCCACCCACACACAGACUUCUCCAGCCCAACUGAUCAGAGAAGGAGGGACACGGAGUUCCUUUGACAAUUAAUAGUACAAUCAAAGAUCACCAACUACCUGUAACUGUGAGACAACAACACACUAUUUUUAGAUGCUUGCUAAUAAAUUCAGCUUCAAGGAAACUUGCCUUCUCCAUUGAGUGAAACAAAUCAUUUAAUUUUUUUAUUGUUACUGUUAAGGAAUACUAAAAACCAGUAUUUUAAAUCCAAAAAUGUCAGGUUGAGAUUUUUUAAGCAAGGUUUUAUUCUUGUGUGAUUAAAAAUCUUUAUUUACCAAUGGUUGCUAUCAAUUUGGGAACCAAAUGAUAGAAAAAAAUAGACAUGGGACAGAAAAUAAAAACAUCACGACUAUGAUAAUAAAUGAUGUUAUGAGAAUCCAAAAGGAUACAGAACACCACAAGCUGAUAGGCAAUGCAAUGUAACUUAUAUCAAACCUUAUAAUGCAAUACAGAAAAUACAAAAUGACAUAAACCAAUACAUAAGAAACGGUGAGCUGAGAUAAAGGACACAGAGUAACUGAAGCCUGGAUUUUUAAAGAGAGGCCCUGGAUCCUUUCUAAAGAUAAAUCAGAUUACAAAGGAUAGCAGUAACACACCUAUAUUACACAGAAUAAUAUAUAUUCACUGUAGCAAUGUAACACGACCUCUGUUCUUUAGUUUUGAAGUAUUUAUCCCAUCACAAAAUUAAGCAGAACUCUCAGCACAAAUUGUUUUAAAAAUAAACAGACCAACAAGGAAUGCUGGCAGUAUUGAUAUUACAGAACAGAUUUAAUCUGCUGUCUGAUUGGGGAUUUGUUUUUUUUUUAAGGAUGAUAUCUAAAAAUCAAUGUAGCACAUAGAACACUAUGUGUAUACUCAAGAACCUGAAAUAAAUGUUUUCAGCCUUGUG